AUGUCAGAUUAUUCCAAGCUUGGAGACAAGGUUAUUGAAGGCAAAACUAAAAUCGUUUAUGAUCUGCUUGACCAUCCUGGCCAGGUGUUGGUCGAAUCAAAAGAUCGUAUAACUGCAGGAGAUGGUGCAAAGGCCCAUGAUUUGGCUGGAAAAGCCAAAAUUUCAACUUCUACAGCUGUUACAAUUUUUGAGUAUUUAAGUGAAGCAGGCAUCAGAACACAUUUCAUUAGGCAGUGUGGAGAGCGUUCCUUUGUGGCAAAGAAAUGCUACAUGAUCCCCAUUGAGUGGGUCACCCGAAGGGUUGCUACAGGCUCAUUCUUGAAGCGCAAUCCAGGUGUUAAAGAAGGCUAUAGAUUUUCUCCGCCAAAGUUGGAAACAUUUUUCAAGGAUGAUGCCAACCACGAUCCACAGUGGUCAUUUGAACAGUGUCUGGCCUACGAGAAAUCAUUUGGUGGUGUGCUGAUUGGUAGAAGUGAGCUAGAGAUCAUGGAGAAGAUGACAGUUGUUGUUUUUGAAAUACUGGAGAGGGCUUGGGCAUCCCUGGACUGUAGCCUCAUUGACAUGAAAGUUGAGUUCGGAGUGGUUGAAGGCACAGGAGAAAUUGUUCUUGCUGACAUCAUCGACAGUGAUUCAUGGAGGUUGUGGCCUUCAGGAGACAAGCGUCUGAUGAAGGACAAGCAGGUGUACAGAAACCUUCAGGAAGUCACAGCUGAAGCCUUGGACACAGUCAAGCGUAACUUUGAGUGGGUGGCAGAGAAAGUUCAGUUGAUCAAGACCAAACCCAAGGGCCGUGUUGUGGUGCUAAUGGGAUCCGAUACAGACACCCCACACGCAGAGAAGAUCCGUUCUGUGCUGCAGUCUUUAGGUAUUCCCUGUGAGCUUCGAGUCACGUCUGCUCACAAACAGACGGACCAGACGUUGAAAAUUCUGGCAAGCUAUGAAGGUGAGGGCAUUCCAACAGUGUUCAUUGCUGUGGCUGGCAGAAGUAAUGGCCUGGGCCCUGUCCUGUCUGGCAACACUGUCUGGCCAGUGAUUAACUGUCCCCCUUUGACCCCUGACUGGGGAGCAGAAGAUGUUUGGUCAAGCCUUAGAAUGCCAUCAGGUCUGGGAUGUUCCACUGUCAUCCAGCCUGAUGGAGCAGCUCUGGCUGCAGCCAACAUUCUAGCUCUCAAUGACCAUGUCGUCUGGGGCAAGCUACGAGCCAGGCAGGUCAACACUUGGGUCAGCCUUGUACAGGCCGAUCAGAAGAUCCGGGAUGACCACUAG